ACAGCAAGAGUUAUGUAAAUAUGUGUGUGUUUAUUCUCACGGGAUUAUCAUUAAAAAAUAUAUAGCUGUGUACAUUUACUGUGUUUACAUCAGCAUUUAAUUUUUUGUAAUAAUCAUAAUAAAAACAGCCAUUUAUUAUUUUUUAUAAAUAAUUUAUAGUUUUUAAUUUUUUAAAUGAACGAUAAGCGCGUGAGGUUAGAAAAAUUUUCACUAAAAAAUGCGGACUCUUCCAGCAGUUCUUGCAGCACGUCUUCUUUUUCAGACGAUGAGACUGAUGAUAAAAUUUUAAAACCGAUAAAAGAUUAUUUAUACAACCGAAAAGAACUGUCACGUCAAUUAUUUAUGUCUGUAAAAACUGAAAAAAUAAAAAUGAUGUUGCCGCAAACAUUGAAGAAAAUUGAUAUGGACGAAUUGGAGGAGUUGUGUGCCAAUGAAUUAUGCGGGAUGUCAAAGUCAAGAAUAAUAUCAAUAUUAAACGGUAAGCAGAUGAUUGAUUCUUCCAAUACCAGUGAGUCAGACGACUCAGGACCUUCGUUAGAAAUAAUUUCUGAUACCGAGGCCUGGCUAACUGACAGCGAACUGCCAGCUGACAAAGACAGUGCGCCGGCAUCAAAAAGUAUCAAAACAAAAAGUAAAAAAAUAAAAAAAGAACCGACGGGUAGCGAUAAACAAUCAAAGACAAACCCAAGUAAAAAUAAAUCCGGACGUAAGCAGGCAGUGGGUACAGUUAAAGUUAAAAAUGAAAAAGAACCGAGCAAAAGUCAACCUCAGCAAGGGGAAAGUCUUCUCGAUCUACUGGAACUAGAAAUGCGGGCGCGUGCUAUUAGAGCUUUAAUUAGAAAAGAGGAAGAUAUUAUUCCUAAUGAAUCGAGUUCUAAAAUAUCAACGGGCGUUAAUAGUUUACUUAAUCAAGCAAAUAUUUCUUUAGUUGAUACGAAUUUAGUUAAUAGCACCAGUAAUGAUAAAGAGACAGAUAAAAUUGCCACCAGGAGUAGAGUUGAUGAAGCUGUUUCUUUAACAUUAAAUUCAAAUGAAGAUGAAGAUGUGGUUUUAGUUGUAAAGCCAACGCCGACUAUAAAUUUACUGUCUAGCGACAGCGAACCCGAGGAUUCAAAUAAUAUCAGUCAGUCUAAUGGUAAAAAAAUUGAAAUUAACAAUGAAAAUAAUUUGAUAAAGAGUAAUAAUGAUGAUGGCAAUGGAAAUAGUAAAAGCACAUCGGCAGAUACUUUAAAUAUUAAUAAAAGUAAUAAAGAUAAUGACGUUAAUAAUAAAGAUCCGGUUGGUACUAAUCGAGAAUCCGUAGACAAAGCUCAAGAGCCGGCGAUAACUCAAGUGCCGAGUAAUGAGUCAAGUGAUAAAGAAAAGUCGAAAAUUAAUGAAUCAUCGAAAAUAUUUAAUGAAAGUAAUAACACAAGUGUUAACUCAAUAGCACUGCAUGAUUACGAUGAAAUAAUAGACUUAGACAAUUACUCAGACGACAUGGAGGAGAUUGAAAGUGAUAAAAUAGAUUCAUCGUUGGGAAGUAAAUCAAGCAAAGUCCAAGUUAAAUGUACUGUCGAAAGCAAUUCGACCGAGAGUUCAUCACUUGAUUCCAGUGAAACCUGGGCAACUCGUUACUACCAGACAGAUAAUGUACAAAGCGUUAUAAAAGAAUCGAAAAUUCAAUCGGAAAUAAGAAAACGUUUGCGCGAAAGACAAAAGCUUUCUAAACUUAAUAAUAAUAAUAAUAACGCCGGUAAUCCCAGCAGCAAAGAGUCUGUUAAAAAAUCUAGCAUCGUUGAAAAACCUAUUGAGCCGGAUAAUAGUAAACCGACAGGAUCAGUUGAAGAAUAUUUAGCUCUCAAAAGAGUCUCCAGUCCAGACGUUAAAUCUACGGCAUCUGAACAAAAUAAAACUGACGUUAAAGUCGAUAAUAUUACCAGUGAAAAAAUAUACCCAGCUACCACUGAGAAUAUUGAUCAAAGUGCUGGUGAUGAAUCGACAAUUGAACAGCCCCAUGUAUCUCCAUCACUGGUGCGAGAAGAAAAUUCCUGAUAAUAAUAAUAAUACAUAUAUAUAUU